GUUUGCUUCGGGGUUUCGCGACUCAAACGGUAUCCGAGAAUGAGUAAUAGAAAGAGGAUCAAGUUGGGUUUGACGUACUCGUCACUGCGAGAUGUUUCUAAAUCUGUGAAUCAGAAAGUAAAUGUGAUCGGCGUCGUUCUUGAAACGUCGUUCGCAAAGGAAACGACGGGCACGGAUGAGUGUUGUAUCCUCAGAAUCAUCGAUGAUACACAUCAUGACGUGAGCAUGUCGGUUAAUGUUUUUUCAGAAAAUAUUCAAAGACUUCCCCUUGUUGCCGCUCUUGGGGACGUAAUUCAGCUGAUUGAUUUUGUGGUUAACUUACAUAACGGGGAAGUAAACAUUGUUUACAAAAAGAGUUCAUCAUCAUUUGCUUUGUAUAAAGGCAAAGAUGGUGAUGAUUUGGAUCCGUAUCAAGUUUCGUCGAGAUUUUACUUAAGACGUAAAGACAAAAUGCUUAUUGAUAGAAUGAGAAAAUGGCUGAUCAAUUUCAAACUUGUUGAAGAUUCCAGUAAAUUUCCAAUGUUCAGAGAAUUUAAGGAAGACACUUAUAUCAAUUUGGCAUGCAAGAUCAUAUACCACAAUGAGACUGCCAAUGAUGAAUUGUUUAUCUUUGCUUGGGAUGGUAGUGAUCUUCAACCAAAUGUCAUACGAUCAAAUCUGGAAGAUGAACUUAAACAUUCACUUCCUUUACAACUUGAACAUUUGCCUUUGCCAAGAGGGAUUUUGUGUACUUUUCCAACCAUGGGAUCCAUCAUCAGAAUAACUUUUGAGCAAGGUAUUCACAAGAGUCACCUUCACCUCCUAUGUGUCGGUCAAUGGGUUAAAUUUACAAAUUUGCGUCUCAAGGUGGAUGAUGGAUUGUGGCAUGGGAUUUUCACUCUUACCACAAAAGUUCGUUAUGUACAAAAUGAAGAUCAACUUAUUUUAGAACGCCAAAGGUUGUCUGAUGAACGACUAUCUUUGAUAUCACAAAGAAUGCAUGAUUUAAGCUUCCCUCAGCCUUUAUCAAUUACAGUGAACUAUUAUAAUCGUAUGACACCCGUUACCUUAAUGAGUGUCCUCACUCAUUCGGAGGUGACUGCUAUAUUUAAGUGUGUUGUUCGAGUGGUAGCUGCAACGCCAUAUCAAGCUGAACUUCUCUGCUCUCCUACGACCGGAAGAUACAACAUGCGGCUAACACUGGAGGAUUCAACUGCUAGAAUCCAUGCUUAUGUAAGCGAUGAGGAUGGGGAGACCCUUUUUGAUGGUUAUCCCGGACCUGAAAAGGUGAGAAUGAAGUUGAAAAAGUUACUUGGAACAUCGGACAGUGAUGGUAGCAAUGAUGGGGUAAAAGGUGCUCUAAGAAAUCCACCUUGGGUUUGUAUUUGUCUCAAAUCAUACUAUCUCUCCAAAGAUGAUAUCUGGGGCAGUAGAAACUUCAGAGUAUUUGGCACCAAAAUUAUGGAAGAUUCAUCGUAGAAUGGAUAUGUUGUUAUGAACCAUGUUUUUUUGCUUCCUUUUGAAGGAAUACGUGGGGAAACCAGAGGAUCCUAGGAGAUUCACAAAACUAUAUUUUGAUGAGAAAGAUGAAAUGAUUGAUCAUGUGUAUAGAAAGCUUUGGAAACCUUUUUGGCAGUAAUCUUCCAGGGCUGUAUUUUUAAUGUGAAUAUGUGAAAUGUACAUAAUGUACAGAUUAUGUUAACAAAUAUAAGUAUAUAUGACAUUGUUACUGCUAGUGCAGAUUAAAUGCAUUUUUGAGAAUGGAUAAGAAUUUUA